AGAGUGCAAUUUGUCGAAACGCUUUUCCUUGGUUCAUUUCAUAAGUUUAUUACCAAAAAACUAUCAUGGCACCAACUUCAUUUGAUGAACGUUUGUGGAAAAAAGAAUCAGAUGCUGUAGAUGCAUCGUUUGUUGAUUUGUUUGCAAACGAAACAAAAAGUUCCGACUUGAAGGAAUGGGAUCGCAAACUCAAGAAUUCAGAUUUCAAAACAGUUUUCUACUAUGAAGAAUACAAUCCCAGGAAAAAUACCAAAACAUCGGAUUUCUUGCGUUUCAUUGGAAACAAGAUGUUUGUCACGAAGGAUUGGCUCAAUGCGAUGGAAUAUUACAGUGCAGCACUAUGUUUUGCAGAGUAUGGAUCGAAUAACGUAAGUUUUGCUUAUGCCAACCGUGCAGCAUGUUUCUUGAAUAUGGACCGAUAUGAUGAGUGUCUUCGCGACAUUAAACUAGCUGAGCAAGCAAAUUAUCCAUAUAAGGAGAAAUUAAUGGAACGGAAAGCAAAAUGCCUGCAUUUCAUGCCAAAAAAAACCGAAGAAGAAAAAGGUGAAAAACUCAGCUUUGAACCAUCUGUAAAUUUUCCGUGUAUGGCCAACGUUUUAGAAGUUCGGAGAAACGAAGAAUUUGGCCGACACGUUAUUGCUACCUGUGACAUUGAAGUGGGUAAAACAGUUUUAAUAGAAAGUGCUUAUUGCUCACUAGGCCAAGCUCCGGAUCGAUUUCAAUGUUACACUUGCACAAAAGAAGAAGCAAACUUCAUCCCUUGCCCCAAAUGCACAGAUGUUAUGUUUUGUAAUGAAGAAUGCCGCAACGAGAAUAUCAUUCAUAAAAAGUUCUGUGGUGCCAAUAUCAAUCGAAUGCCGUCGGAUAUAAGAUUCAUAGCUGAGUCACUUCUACUCGGAAUAAUGAUAUUUUCAAGUGCAAACGAAGUGAUAAGUUUUGUGGAAGGUACACUAGCGAAUCGCAAUACGCAAGUCCCAAACGCCAUCAAUGAUUCCCAGUCCAAAUAUCGACAAUUUCUAAACUUAGCGCCUGCGAAGAAUAGACACAGUUUUAAAGAAAUUUAUCAAGUAUUCACAGGCAUUUUGGAUAUCCCAUCAAUUAAGAAAAUGUUCAGAACGAAACACAGUCAGCGAUUUUUGAUGCACUUAGUUGCAGAGCAUCGUGCUAUUAUGGCAAAUAACUCCUUCGGCAAACGUGUGCCAAAUGGACUCAUUUCAAUGAAGCUGGGCCUCGUGAUAUCAUUGUUCAAUCACAAAUGUGCGCCUAACAUAAGUAACAGGGGCUCAAAUGACGACCCGAAUGUCUCGAUAUUUAAGACAUCACGUCCAAUAAAAAAAGGCGAGCAACUAUUUAUAAACUAUCUAAUUGAAUCAUCAGCACCGACUUACAUGCGCCGACAGUACUUAUCAAAAGGUUAUGAUUUCAUCUGCAAAUGUGAUAAAUGUGAACCGCACUGUAAACCAUCGGACCGAAGGAAGAUGAAAUCUGACCCAAAUUUCCAAUUUCUGGCAUCGCUCUCAAAGGAACAAUAUUACUCUGCAAGUGUUAAACAAAAGUGCGAAGAAUUUCUCACGCAAUUCGGUCGAUUGCCCUGGUCAGAAGAAUUGGAUCGGGUCUUAAACGUUUAUAAUCCAUAAUCGGUAGAUCAUUUCUGUUUGAAUCACAAUUAGAAUAAGGAUCUAAAAAAUCAUAGAGUAAAAAACACUAAUAAUUGUUGUUUGUACCCUUUUUAACAAUAAAUUGACUUUUUUAUCGAUGAAA